AACUCCCUCCUCUCUCGAUGACGCACAACGCCUCUGUGUGUGUUGAUAAUGGUCAGCUGCUGACAGCCUGUGGAGAGAAACAUCACCCAGCAGCAGCCGCAGCAGCAGCAGCAGCUGAGGAUGAUGAUGAUGAUGAUGAUGGAAACACAAACAGGGACCGAACCGAGGUGAAGGAUGCUGCUGCUGUUGCUGUGAGACAAACCGAACCGAGUCCCCCCCCCCUAUUUUAUCCUUGUCAGCUACACCUGCCGUGGAUGAUUUUCUCGAUGGGUUGUGGAGGGAGUCGGGCGGACGCGAUAAUCGAGCCGAGGUACCAUGAGAGCUGGACCAGAGAAACAGAGUCGACAUGGCUUACCAACACGGACGUAGAACCCCCCGUAUCGGUUCCGAACAGUAAAGCUGUGGAUGCUGGUCUGAAGGAAAAGAGGAUGGUGACAACAGGAACCCAGUGUGGGAAGCAGGCCAUCACCACCAAUGGCUCCAACCACCAGAGGAGACCAAGGCGCUCCUUGACUGAUGUACAGUGCUGUGAAAAACAAGGUACUCGCGACUCCAAAAGGAGAGCAUCGAAGGAGGCGAGCGCCUUGUCCAAGGAUGGCAAGCCCGUCAGCAGUGCUGGAGAUCCAGAGCCGGAGAAUGCCUGCAACGAGAGGUGAAAGAAGAGCUGCAACACUGUGAGGAGGCAAAUUAGCUGGGGUGCAAAAAUAUUUCAUUACACAGCAGGGCAAGGACUUGCAGAGGUGUCUGGAGGAUCUUUGCUUUUGACUUUGCGCUGUCCUGGACCCUGACGGCAGCGAUUCACCUAACAGGGCGCCUGCUUAUGUCUCCACCCAAAGACCUCAAUAUGCUGCAUUGUUGUUGCAUGUAUGAGGAAGAGAGUGGGAACCAAUGCCAUGCUUUUCCUCCAUGCUCAUAGUACCAGUCAGGGAAUGUGCCACUGUGUUAAGACAACUUUAAGUAAAAAAAAAAAAAACAUUAGAAAAGGAGAGAUUGCCCCAUAUGCACACUAUUAUCUCAAUCUGCACAUCAAAUGUGCUCUGUGUUGGGGCUUCCUUAAGAAUUUGCUUUAGUUCUUUGUGCAAAUAUAUCUUUUUUGUUGUUAGAGUGUGCUGUUUAAGCUCAGUCAGUGCAGUGAGUAAUUUUAAUAAAUAAAACCCUAAAGUGCUGUUUAGAAGCUGAGGUUGGGGUGUCUCAAGCUUAAAGGCUAAAGACUGUCUUUUCCAGCCUUUGCAAGAUGAAAAACUACACCCGCAUGUGCCUACAAUUCCUCUUGAUUUGAACAAAACUGUUGAUUUUUCUGUAUUUGUUCUGUACGAUGUGUUCUGCAGUUCUCUUUAAGUCUCUAUUUGUGUUUAAUGGUAAAUGUUAUUAUUUAUAACAAUGCAAUGUAUAACAUUGUUGGGGCUCACACUGAUCUGCAUGUGUAAAUCUGUCUCAUGCUGGCAAGCCAUUUGACUUGAAAGCAUUUUAGAUUACUAGAACUCGUGAAAUAAACUCAGGAGGUCAUUGAUGAUGGGGUAGUAGGGUAACCAAACUAAUGAUCAGCAGAUGGUGAUGUUGCACAGCUGUUGCUAUAGAAUAAGAACCAGGUGAAGGCCGUUCUGUUCAGCUGGGCUUGAAUGUAAAUAAAAGACAAUCUGUUGGCUAUGACUUCAGCCAGGCUUGAAAAGGUACACCUGGUUCUUCUUAAGAAUUAAAAUUUUGAACUCGG